AUGAAGCUGUUUUAUGCCCCCGGAGCCUGUUCCAUUGGCGUGCACGCCCUGCUGGAAGAGACCGGCAAGCCGUUUGAGGCCGUGCGGCUGAACCUUUCGGAAGGCGACCAGCGCAAGCCGGACUAUGUGGCCCUGAAUCCCAAGGGCAAAGUCCCGGCGUUGACGCGCGAUGACGGCUCGCUGCUGACAGAGUUCCCCGCCAUCGCCUGGUGGAUCGGCGCCGCCCAUCCCGAACUCAAUCUCAUCCCGGCCUCCAUCAACGAUCAGGCCAAGGCGAUCUCGGUGAUGUCCUAUAUCGCCGGCUUCGUGCAUCCGCAGGGUUUCACCCGCCUGUUCCGCCCGAACUAUUUCACCAGCAAUGAAGCGGAAUACGACGCGGUGCGCGCCCUGGGCGCCGACAACGCCAACAAGGGCAUCGCCUUGUUGUCUGACGAACUGGGCGACGCCGACCAUGUUGCGGGCGCCCUGUCGAUCGCCGACUACGCCCUGUUUUAUGUGUGCUGGUGGAAGGCGUUCCGCCUGAAGGAAGAACUGCCGGCCAAUCUCGCCGCGCAUUAUGAACGCAUGAUGGCGCGACCAGCUGUGAAACGGGCCCUGGCGCGCGAAGGCUUCGCCGCGCAGGCCCGCAAGGAGUUGGCCCGCAAACACAAGGAAGAACAGGCCGCCCGCAACCGCGCCAGCUUCGGCCGCAGCAAGGCGGAGAAGGAGCGCGAGGCCGCCAUCACCGAUCUCGGCGAGCGGCGGCUCGACAGCCACCGGCGUGAGAGGGCCGAGGACGAUGGCGAAACGCCAGCCUGA